CUCAUAUUUGAGGGUAAAGGAAUUUGCAGUCAAAGGGAGGUCACUCUCAAUCAUCAUCUUUUGCGACGAUGGAAGAAGAUUUGGAUGAAGAUGUUAUUUUCGAGAAUUCUCCCCUGUACCAACACCUGAGGGAGGCAGGGGUGGAGGGCAUAGAUGCAGAACCAGUCCGAAUCAGUGGGAAAAGCUGCCACCAAACAGAUCAAGUGCAAGCACCUGUUCCCUCAGCAGUGUCCAGAGUGUCGAACAUCUGCAAGAAGUGUUUCAUCUUUCUUUCAACGCUCCUCCGUAAACACAACAAUCAGACAGACACAGUGGUGGACCAGUACAGGCACCAGGUGUUGUCUACACUGCGGUCAUCCAGAGUUCUUGUGGAGGAUGACCAGGUAUUCCUGCAGGACUUUGUCGAAGAGGAGCCACACCUACCUGAUGGUCGACGCCUAUCCACGACUCACAGGCUCUGGCUGAAACUCAUAUUCCCGUCAGUCCUUGUACCAUGUAUGGUAGCUUACAUCGUAGCCCGUCUGACAGACAGUGGCUCCCCCUACAGUGGGACCUCUGACCUGGUAGCAGGAGCUGUGGCAAUGUUGGGUGCAGUGUACGGAGCUGUGCAGGGGAUGGAGUACAGAAAGCGGCGUCAGUACAACCGACUGUACAACACGUUCACACAUUUCCUGGACACUUUCCUCAGUCUGGUGACUGUUUCACGCAAAAGUCUUCGGUUGAUACAGGAAACGGAACUUGUUGCCAGAGGCUUCACCUUAGUGAGUCAGAAGACCGCAGUGUGUCAACUGGACAGGAAGCCGUCUGCUGCCACCAGGAGGCAGUGUCCUCAACUCCGCAGGUGUCUGUUUGCUACAGCCCGGACCACCACGCUGCUGCUUAGAGAGACCACACUCAAACUGAUCCAUAGACACCCCUUGAUCCCAGAGAUAGAUUCCAUCUCCCAUUACCUGGCAGGGAUCCCCCUGGAGGACUAUGGACCAUGUCUACAGUCCCCCCAAGAUGAGGAGGACUCCAAACCAUGUCUACAGUCUCCCCUAGAUGAGGAGGACAGAGGUGAUAAGGAGGACAGGAUGCUGUACCACCUCACUGAUGGGUACUCGGUGGCAGCUCUCAAGGCCAUGACUGAACUAUUCCACCUCCACCUGUCCGAGUUUGUCCGGAGAUUGGCGCUGUGCUUCUCCCAGAACUCCCAGCGUACUGAUGGAGACAGAAACAAUCCAUUCGACACAGUUGAUCUUACAAGUGACCUCCAUAGGACUUUACAGACAGAAGAGUUGUCAUUGCACCGUCUGUAUGACUUCCAUAGGAGCAGUCCACAGGGGAGACAACCCAAAGGCCGCUCUCCUCACAACAAGUGUUCCUCACAGACAGAAGAGUUCUACAUAGCUGUGCACAGCCUUGACCUUCAUCUACAAGCAACAAUCACUAGGGUCCGAGAUCUAGCCAGUCAGCUUGAGUCUAGACUAGAAGAUGUUCCAACCAAUCAGGAAGGAGAAUCUGAGCAGGCAGCCAAUGAGAAGUGGCAGUCCUUAAUGGCAGGUAUAAAGGCGGAACUGGAAGCAUGUAAAGGAUGCUGGGACGAGGGAACGUCCCGUCUGGAGAAGGCCAGGAAGCAAGUUCCAAAACUGGAGGUCCCCCCGGAUCUAGUCUCAAAAAGUCCGGGAUCCAGAGUAAUUCCAUUUGCUGAGAUAGGAGACCCAAUCAUUGAGGAUCAGGUGUUUGAGGCGUACACUGACCCCGAUGAGGUGGAACCAGGGACCUGGAGCUGGGAGCCGAUUCUGUCCCCGGAAGAGCGUGAAAAGAAAAAGCGCGAGAAACAAGAGGCACUACGUCUGCUGACAGAGCUCAAAUCUGUCAUUUCUGUCCGGGCCUACGAUAGAGAGAAGAGGGAACAGAUCGCACUGUCAAAAAAUGGGUCAAGGAAAGAAAACUCUUUCAGGACAUGAUAUGUCGGAAAAUGCACCUCGAAGCAUGAUCCAGGGAGCUGAACAAAAGAGUUGUGACACUUCCAGUUUGUCUGGGAAGGAUGAGUCACAGUCAGUCUGUGAAAGCACAGAGUCAAACAAGACUUCCAGAGUGUUUGAAAAGGGGGAUAACUCUGAUAUGAGUAGAAACACCAGAUCAAACUCUGACAGUAGCAAUGAUUGUGAUGAUACGGAAGACAGGGAUAGUAUGUUCAGUGAGUUGAGGAAGGGUGGGUAUUCAUUCUCUCAACAGGAUGUUAGGGCUGAGUGUUUGAACUCUCCAACUGAGAGGCACCGACACCUGUGUGAGGGUGGUGUGCCUGAAAAUCUCCCAUCUGGUGACAGUCACAAUAAGCCUGAAGCACUAUCUGAUGAUGAUCUGAGAAGGAAUGAAGCACUAUCUGAUGAUGAUCGGAAAAAACCUGAAACCCCAUCUGCGGGUGACAAGCAGAUCAAGUCUGAAGCGCCACCUUGCAAUGAUGAACAGAGUAUGUCUGAAGCUCCAACUGGUGGUGAUUAUGAACAAUCCAGCACACCUCCAUAUUGCAAAGACUAUGCUCCAGUAGAGAGAGAGAGGACAUGAAGGAGAGGCUUGAGAGAAUCCAUGGAACCAAUCUUGGUUUUACAGCCAAUGUGGCUGCCAUGGCUGCUGCUAGAUCCGCAUUGCUUCGACAAAGUGAGCAGACAUUUGGUGACACCUUCGGAGACAGCAGUGAAGAUGAGGAAGAUGUUGUUGGAUAGAUGGCUACAUCACUCAUAUCUUGGCUAAGACAAUAUGGAGGAGAUCGGUUUCACAGAUGACAUGGGGACGUGCAUGUUCUUCUUUGGCCUCAAUACUUUAUUUCUUGUUUUCAGGAUUACCUGUUUUUCAUGAUAACCUGAAUGUAAGACUACAAGAAGCAGGUCUGAUUUGAAAGUGUAUUAAAAAAAUUAUAAAAAGAA